AUGCAAGAAUGGUUGGAUGAACACAAAGACGAGGUUGUUGGUAACAUAGAGGAAGAGGUACUUAAUGGUGCAGGACUGAUUAAGGAAGUUGCAACAGGGCAUCGGGAUUUGGCUGACGGUGACGAUGAGGAAGAGAAUGGCGAUGAUGAUGAUGACGAGGAUGAGGAUGCCGAUGAUGAUGAGGAUGACCAUGAGAACCCUCAUCUUUUUAUAAAGGAUAAUGGGAUUCAGGUAGACAUGGGUGAGAAUGCAUGUGUAGGUGAGUCUUUCGAAGAAGACAUGGGUGACAAUGAAGAUGUUUAUCCCGAGCUGCCAAAUAUUUACAAUGAUAAGCUCAAUUGGAAGGAGCAGGAACUUGUGUUCGGGUUUGAUUGA